CUCGACUCCAGCCUUUCUGGGAACGUUUUAUCACGUACAUACGGUGCCGGUGCGUGGGUAUUAAAUAUGCAAGGUCACAGCUGUGUGUGCAGUGUAUUGACAGCUGCUGUUCGGAUGUUUUCCAUAUGUGCGGAACUCUUGCAUCUGCAGAAUCUCCUAUACCAGUUUAUCUUGGAUUUUUCCAAUCACUCUUUAUUAAGACCUGCCUGACUGCCACGCCCGAUUUUAGAAAUUCCUAUUCGAUUUUCGAUUUUGCAUUGGUAAUCUGCACCAUUACGGAUAUAUAGCUGUUAGAUACUCCAUGUGCGACACUUUAUACUAAAGCUUCUUCAAUCUUCAUCGAUUCUUACGCCGUCGCAGGUUAUGACGUUGCUUUGAGUGGAACGGCAGUAUGUUACAUGCGCCUUAAGUCCUUAACUCUCCAAUCUUCUGGAGGAGUAAUUACCUACGCCGGUCAGACAGUCCCUCGACCGUAAUCCCUUCCAGAACAAGUGCAGAACUUGGAAUCGCCAAAGUAUGUGGGCAAGACACGGAUUAUGUGGAUUGCUGUUAAAUACAACUACACUAAGUCUUGUCUCUCACGGGACCCUGACAGUUAGUACAGAAUUCACUGUCUCUUACUCGUAGUACGUGUACGGUGUGUGUGUAAUGUGCAUACGGAUCCGUCUGUACACAGUCGUACACUUGGUAGUCCCCUCUGGAUCCGGAAGUGGUACAUCCCACAUCAGGCUGCGUGUGAGCAGUCUGUGCGUGCUGUGUUAAACAGCUGAAUUUAUGCAAUAAAACUUCGAUGUUGUUAAAAGACGUCAGUAUAUAUUUAUUUACCAGCAACGCCGCUUGCGAUAUGUAUACAGAAGAAACGUGAUGUUUGCGCUCAUAAUGCCGUAUAUUGUGCCGGCGAGGUGCGAAAGGUCACUUUCUUGAGUUGAUCAUCCGACAAAAAGUGCGGCCGUCGAUAAUGUACUGGGUGAACUAUUUCUGUCAUGACUCCCAUCAAAGUGCAGUUUCGGACCGGUAGCGCCCGAGGUUGCAAUGUUCUGGCAUCACUGCGGAAUGUCUUUCACGCGUUGAUGUUCUAUCUCGCAAACAAAAUCUCUAUGAAUCAAAAUGAGCAUCCCGUGCAUAUCCGUGAUAUGAAUCCGGAAGAUCCGGCGGUAUUAAAUGGGAAUAUUCAUAGCACUGAACAAUCUCCGUUACCUGCUAAUGGAACGACAGCUGCUGUCGCAACCGGCAGAGGAAACACGUGGCCUUUUCGAAUUACGCUCCCACGAUUACAUCCUGCGGCUUGGAAGUUUUGGAAAGCACGGUAUUAUCUUUCUGUUUGUGCCUUCGCCUUGAUCUUAGUGGUUAUGACACUUGAGAUGGCAUUUGUGAUUGUUGAUUAUGAUAAAGCCAAGCAAACAACGCUGCUGGAAGCUGCGACACGGCAAUACAGCCACUGCAGCAGAAUGGAAUUACUGGGAUAUUUAUCGAAUCUGGCUACUCACUGGGAUGAUGUAGUACAGACAUCUAAUCAAAAUUCGUCUACUAACCAAACCCAAAUUAAUUCUAAUCCUAAUAUUAUCAGACUUAGUGCCGGCAGCAGCAAUUCACCAUCUGCUGUUCCAGAAGAUAAGCGAAUACCGAAGAAUCGGUCUCCCGGGAUGACGUUGGAGGGCUGCUUAUUGUCAUCAGUUAGAUCAAUUCAUACUUAUGCUGAAAUGUGUGGGACGUUUGAUGUUACCGUAUCUGCUCGUAAUUUGUUUCCCAUCCGGAAAAAUGACAAUAAUACUAUAAGUCAACCGCCUACAAAUGCUGACCUUAUGCGAGUGUGGAACUGCACUGCCAUUUAUUUGCGAAUAGAUUUUUCUGUUCAGAAUUCGUCGCAGCUGGGUUAUCUAUCAACGGGAAUGGAUUAUUAUGGUGCGUGUCUCCCUAAUUACCGAAACUGGUUCAAAUCCUUCCAUAUCAUGCUAGAUCAUCUGCAUACAAUAAUAAAUGAGCGCGCUGAGCUGCUCUUGGCCGAUGAGCCGAUUUCUUCCCAGUCAUCCUUCCAGUUUAAUCUGGAAAGUUUUAGCCGGUUAUCUGCUCUGCUUGUGGAGGUGCAGUCGCGUGAACAGAGUUUUCUGUCCUGUCAACUGGAACAACUGGAACGCGACAGACAAUCGGCCAGUGGCAGUGUUGUGCGCAUAAUUGUGCUGCUGAUUGCUCUUCUUAUCCUACUUCCGGUGCUGUACUACUGGAACUGCAAACGCAUCCAAGAAGAGACAUCCAAAUUAAAAUUGCAACUCCAGGAGGCAUACGAUUCCAAACAGGAAUUAACGGUUGAUAAGAAACGCGCAGAAGAUUUGCUUCUGCAACUCUAUCCGGAGACGGUGGCGCGGAGUCUAAUGAAAAAUAUUCCCAUUGAGCCGGAAACAUUUGAUUCGGUUACUGUUUAUUUUUCGGAUAUUGUCGGCUUCACUAAGAUAUCUGCGUCGUCAAGUCCGGCCGAGGUUGUGAAUUUGUUGAAUUCGCUGUAUACAAAGUUUGACGAUAGAAUCGACAUCUACGAUGUUUACAAGGUGGAAACAAUAGGUGACGCGUAUAUGUUAGUUUCGGGUCUUCCAAGGCGCAACGGUUUACGCCAUGCUGGAGAAAUAGCUACAUUGACUUUAGACCUUCAGCACCUUAUUCGUGAUUUCCAAAUUCCACACAUGCCAGGUCAACAGUUACUGCUACGGAUAGGAUUCCAUUCCGGGACGGUUAUGGCUGGGGUGGUUGGGUUAAAAAUGCCGAGGUAUUGUUUGUUUGGUGAUGCCGUUAAUACAGCCAGCCGAAUGGAAUCUACCGGGAAAGAACUGAAGGUUCAUUUAAGCGAAGCUUCAAAAGCGUUGUUGGACGAAUUAGGCGGUUAUGAUGUAGAGUACAGAGGAGAAACGGAAGUAAAGGGUAAAGACUUCAUGAAAACGUAUUGGCUGAUUGGGAAAGAAGGUUUCCAGUUCAGAAUCGAAAAAGAAGUCUGUGUUUACAUACCAAAAAAGAAAAAGGCCGCCGCUUCAGCAGUCGCUGCCGUUCCGGUGGAUCCGCCUCAAUGAUUUAUUUAGUUGCACGCUGACUUCCUUUCAGACGGACUGGUCUUGUACGCAACCGCCAAAAAAUGCUUUAUUUUUUCGGCGUUAGCUUAGUAUUUGCGUAUACUUCCAAAUCAAGACCGCACUGAUUCAGUAGCAUCCCGAUAUUUUUAAAGGUGCCAAAUCUUCCCUUGUGUGAUCUUGCAAAGCCUAUGCAGAUGUUUUACGUGAUUAAAAACCGCGCUGUUGAUUUUGAGAUUUUCCAUUGAGUAGCGUCGACGUCGAUGUUAAUGU